UUUCUCUCAAGCCUAUCUCAGUUUUGAGCUUUCUCAAGCUGCAGGGAGCCGAAUGGCGCACUAAUUUAAGAGUUAACGUUUAGACAUCUCCUUUAUGUUUUCGUGGAUUUUACUAAUUUCCUGAAAACUUGCUGCGGGACGAGACGACUUGUGCACGGUGUGGGAGGAUCUUCCAUUGCAGCUCGUGACAGCACUGCUGGGAUACAAACUUUGCGCUUCGUGCAGAAACCGUCUAGAUUGAGUCGGACAUUAAUUAACAGGUCCUGAGUCAAUAGGACGGCGCUUCCUUGCUGGUAGCAGUGGGGAUAUUUAAAGAUGUUGGACGGUAUAAAAAUCGAAGACCAUCCGCUGCGGUCGGGACAGGCUACGCUUGGAGUUAUGCUGGGGACGGAGUGCCAUCACCAGGCGGUGUGUGAGGGGUGCCAGCGGCCGAUAUCCGACCGCUUUCUGAUGCGCGUCAACGAAUCUUCAUGGCACGAGGAGUGUUUGCAAUGCGCCGUGUGUCAACAACCGCUCACCACCAGCUGCUACUUCCGGGAGAGGAAACUUUACUGCAAACACGACUACCAACAGUUAUUUGCGACCAAAUGCAGCGGGUGCCUGGAGAAAAUCGCCCCCACAGAGUUUGUGAUGCGGGCACUCGAGUGCGUGUACCACCUCAACUGCUUCUGUUGCUGUGUAUGUGACCGACAGCUGAGGAAAGGGGACGAGUUUGUACUGAAGGACGGACAGCUGCUGUGCAAGAACGACUAUGAGAGGGAGAAAGACCUCCUCAGCUCUGUCAGCCCUGAUGACUCAGAUUCAGAGAAAAGCGAAGAUGAGGAGCUGAAUAUCAAGCCGGAGAAGGGCUCAGGAGGAACCGGGAAGGGAGAUGAUGGGAAAGACCCAAGAAGACCCAAGCGACCGCGUACCAUCCUCACCACGCAGCAGAGACGUGCAUUCAAGGCAUCCUUCGAGGUUUCUUCCAAACCCUGCCGAAAGGUAAGAGAGACACUGGCUGCAGAGACGGGCUUGAGCGUUCGCGUGGUUCAAGUGUGGUUCCAGAACCAAAGAGCUAAGAUGAAGAAGUUGGCGCGGAGACAGCAGCAGCAACAGGAGCAGCAGAACUCCCAAAGGCUGGGCCAAGAGGUGAUGUCCAAUCGGAUGGAGGGAAUGAUGAACUCCUACACACCACUGGCUCCAGCCCAACAACAGAUGGUUGCUAUGGAGAACGGUUACAGCACUGACCCCUUCCAGCAGGGCCUCACCCCUCCUCAAAUGCCCGGUGACCACAUGAACCCAUAUGGAAAUGACUCGAUAUUCCACGACAUUGACAGCGACACUUCAUUGACCAGCCUUAGUGACUGCUUCAUGGCCUCGUCCGAGGCGGGCUCAAUGCAAGCGAGAGUCGGGAACCCCAUCGACCGACUCUAUUCCAUGCAGAGCUCCUACUUUGCUUCAUGAAAACCUAAACAGACAAGGAAAGGCAAAAGUGGGUCACUUCGCUGCAGCUCACUUGUCAGACGCCGCCUAUCAAGGAAACAGCAGAUAUACAGCAGAAUCGUCAACAAAGCUCAAAGACGAAACAUCUUAGAUAGACAAACAGGAAAGACAAGUGAACUUGAAGACUUACGUCCUUAUUUCUCUGCAGUGAAGUGCCAGCUCUGGAUGCCCAGGCGCCUGAGGCUGAGAUUUUUUUCUAGUUACUUGUAGAUUGUUUGUACAUGACUUUCUCAGAAGUAGCAUUUCAUCUUAUCCUCAUCGACUUGUGGAAAAAAAGAGCAUUGAUGUACAGUUUGACGUCACUGAAGCAUCAAGCCUCGACUUAUGAUUUCCUGCCGGGAGAGGCAGAAGAUCAAGACAUAAAGCUCAUAAUGCAUGAAUCCAUAUCUUUGUGAUUGUUACAUUAAAAAAAAAAAAAAACUAAAAUGGAAAAAAAAAAUCUUGUGUUGUUCAGAUGCUAAAAAUGUGAUGUUCGGACUCAUAAUUUCCUCUUUUUCAUUAUGUCCAGCAUUGCAUUUUUAUCACUUUGAUAGGUUAGCCCUCUGAAAGACGAUGUAGAAAAGCUUAGAGAGGGAGAUAUGUAUAGUGUAUCUGCAUUUGUAAGUAUGUUAGUGUGUGUGAGUGUGAGUGUGUGUAUGUGUGUGUUCCAGU